UUAACCAGUGUCUUCGAAUUGAAAAAUCCGCGCGGUGUGAAGCUUUUUUGAGGUUAAGAUCCGAAAUCUUUUUCCAUCAAUGUUAUUGUUAAUCAUUUUUAUAGAAAGCAUCAAUCAUCCUCAUAUUCUCACGUUCGUCAUAAGUGAAAUACUUCUUUAUAUUGGGAAAAAAUAACUGAUUUCCCUGGUUCAAAUCAACCGGCAACAGCGGAGCAAACUAUUUUUUUUAUUAUUUAUACACUGAAAUGAGUGUUACCGGAGCAAUUCUUUACACCAAAGUGCGGGAAAUAUUGCCUGGACUCCCAUCGCGUAUUACACCUGAAGUAUUGAAUAAAACUUGCGACGAUUCCAUCGCUCAACCCUUUUUCAAGUGGUUUUGUUCUAAUGUUGGACGAGACAAUUAUCUGUCGCCUGAAGAUGCGAGAUUGGAAAAGCACAUAAAAAAGCACGGAGAUUGGUUGGAUGGAGAAGAACUGGAUUCAAAACUUGCCCAAGCAAUCAAAGACUGUCCAGAAUUAGUGCAGCUUUUGGAUGUUGAUUCUGCUAGAUGUACACGACUUUCUGAGCAGCUAGAAAUUGAAAAAGAUGCUUACAAAGAAGAUGCAAACUAUGUUCAAACUCUGGAAGAAAGUUUGAAAAAUCUAAAGGGGUUGGGACUAAAACUCGAUGAUGAUAUGGAAUCUGAAGAAUUGGGGCUGGAAAAAGAUAGAAUAAAGCAUAACAAAAUAUAUGUAGACUGUGGCAGUGCUCUUGAAGAGUUUGACUCGUGCCAUCGUUUAUUAUUUCAUGACCUUGAAUCGUUGCUUCAAGUUUAUACAAAUACAACUGAAAAGAAAUCCUCGCCCGUUAUUUGGACUCAAGUGCCUCUCGACAUUUUCAUAAAACAGAUGGAUAUAUACAACGAAUAUCUUGGAAUUUACGUAAAGCGCCAUUUUGGUGGUAAAGUGGAACAAGCUGUUGAUUCUGAUUAUGACUCGCUUAUGGAAGACGUGAAAUACCAAUGCUACAAUGAAAAAAUUCACGAAUUAUUGAGUUGCCAAACGAAUCUCAUAUCGUCGAAAAUGGACAAAAUAAAUGCCAAGAUUGAAGAAGCUGCAGGCGUUGCGAUAGCUGCCCAUGCAGCUAAUAUUUAUAACAACAGUGGUUCGAUUAUUCCUCAGUCAGAAUCGGAGAUUCAGGUAAGGAUGGAAAUCGCAACAUUAACAAGCAGACGAGAAUUUCUCGAGGAGAAUGAAGAAUUGAUGCGUGAGCAACAAUUGUUGGAGCUCGUAAGACAAUACGCGAGGCUGGUCUUAACGAAAAUGCUCGUGAAUGAUGGUUAUGCGAGGGUUGAGAGGUGGAAACACCGUUUGGCGAAACUACAAACUUUGCGAACUCUCACUCGCGAACGAGGACACGGAUAUUCAGAUUUACUUUCUAUGUUGAUGCAACUUCAGCUUCGUUGUCUCAAAGAAAUUCUUGUAUUUAUUGCAGAUGGUCGUUAUUAUCUUGCCACUGAAUACAGUCUCUCGUCAAUGCGAUCUGAAAGUAUGAAAGAGGAACAAGCGAAAUAUGAGGCUAUUUUAAAAUCACCACCGAAGGAAAGAAAUGUUUUCAACAAAGUAUUGAUAUCGUUACUUCUUGGUGCGGAUAGCAAUCCCGACGACUUGAGCGUAGCGACUAAACAGUACGAUGUGCUGGUACAGGAAAAUGAAAAACGGAAAAAAGUUCUUUUGGGUAUUCUACACAAUGCAAGAAUCACUAAGUUGAAGCAGCUGGAAGAAGAAAUAAUGUCGAUUUAUGAUGAAGAAAAGAAAGGUGUUACAAACAGCUUGAAACCAACUUCUUACGAAUUAUUGGAACGCCUCGACGAAGGUACUAGACAUGUUCGUGAUAUACAGGAACGAGUCACAGAAGUUCGAGCGAAAAUCAAAGACAUGAACAGAAAAACUCUGGACAAUUCCUUCGAGCGUGAUACAACAAUAAUGUGGCAACGUUUCCUAACAGAUCCCGAGGAAUUGCAAUCAAAGUACGACGAGGCUAAGAGAAAAGUUGAGAAUUCACAUUUUUCGGUCACUUCAGAAAUGUAAAUGAUUCAAAAUUAAUUUUAUUCUCUAUGAAUGAUAAUUCUUGAAAUUAUAUUUUUUCGUUAGACUACGCAGGAUCGAAGAACUUAAUCUCAUCGGUAUGCUUACAAAAUAAACGAAUAAAUUGGAAUUGAGAUGUUUGUAAGAGCAUGUGAUAAAAUAAUCUAUAAACA